GGAAAAGAUGACGGUGACCGAUUGUUUGACGGCGUUGAUCAACUCGGGUGGCAAGUCGGACGCGUAUUGGUGGAGCGUCUUGACGAGUUGGUUGUUGAAUACCGUUCCGGCGAUGGCGAUACCCACCACACCACCGAGCAACUGGAGGAACGUGAGGAGGGACGAAGCUUGUGGGAUGAGUGCGGGUUCGUCCGCGUAUUCCGCUUGGAUAGCCAUAACAGGGAGUUGGAACGCGACACCAAGACCGGCACCGAAAAUGAUUUGGUACCCGAUCAACCGUGCCGAACUGGUAUACUCGUCAAUGGUGAAGAGCAGACCGGCACCGACGGCACCGACGAUAGGACCGACGAUGAGCAUGCCCCAAUAGUGGCCGGUAAAGUUGACGAAUGCGCCAGAGGAGAAGGAGGCGAUGACGGCGGACAACAUGAAGGGGAUAAUGUCGAUUCCGGAUUGGGAGGCGGUACGGCCUUUGGCUUGGUAGAAAAAGGGGAGGUAGUAGGUAGCCGCGAGGAAGGAGAUCAUCAUGAGGAACAUGGCAGCCCCAGCUCCGACUUGAGUGCGUCGUUUGAACAAGAAGAGGGGGAGCAUGGCACGGUCACCCUUGAAAAAUUCCCAAGCGACGAAAAUGAUGAGCAACACGCCAAACACGCAAAAGAGCGCAAUGACGACUUUAUCGUUCCAAGGACGGGUGACGCCACCCCAUUGGAGGGGCAAGAGCAAGCAGGUGAUCAUACCGACCGAGAUGACGGCCCCGAUCCAGUCCAUGGCGAGCCACUUUUGGAGGGUCGACAUGUUUUCGUACAAUUUGGAUUCGGGGGGCGAGUUGGCGGGGACGAAAAAGAUGACGGCGGCGACGGAAAUGGCACCGAAUGGAAGGUUGAUGUAAAAGCACCAACGCCAGCCAAAGAGGAGAGGGCGUUGUUCGAGUUUGGUGAUUUGGGCGAGGAUGGUGAGGAUGGAGAUGAAUAUUCCAGAAGCACCGACGCCUUGGAACGCGCGACCGAAAAUGAGCACGUUCAUCGAGGGUGCGACGCCGCAAAUGAGAGAUCCGAUUUCAAAGAGGACGAUGCAGACGAGAUAGACCCAUUUCGAGGGGGCGAUGGUGAGGAUUUGACCGAAUGUGAGCAUCAACCCGGCUUGGGUUAA